AUGACAUCAUUUCCAGAUCCUCGUGCUGAAGGUAUAACAGAAAACUUCUCGCCCAUCGACAUUGAUGUGACUACGUACCCUGCAACCUUGAAACGCUCGCAUACCACCAACUCGAAAUCCGGUGUUCACUCUCGAGAGCCGAGUGCGAAUCAGUCCUUUUUCGCAGGACUCAAGGCCGCUUUCUCCGAAUCGCCUUCCCAGCCUGCCAAUCUAUCACCGCGACUCUACACAGGUAGUACGAGAGGGGGAUCGAUAGAUGCAGAUGCGAAGAGCCAUCACCGAAAUACUAGCAUCGUUCAUGGCAUACAGCGGUCCAGGAAUGGGAGCUUUGGGAGUUCAUCUACAAGCCCGCUGAGCCCGCAGAUAAUUGCUGCUGCAGGUGGAGAUUGGACAGAUGCAUCGGUCAUGGGCGAUUCGAAUUUCUCCUCCAGCGCAUCCAGCAUGACCAGCGGCACUUCUUUUAGCUCGAAUACAACAUUUGUCCCCUCCCGGAGCCCUUCAGCGGCCGAAAAUGCGCCAUCAGGCAGCGCACAGAGAAAUAUGGAGCGUGGUAAUAGUAAUAGUGGGAGGAGUCGAAGAAAUCAUGCGCAUCAUCAUUCCCAUUCAAGACACCAUAAGGACGAGUUGAAAACUGUUGGCGAGUAUGCUCUGCAUGUCUUGUUCACUUCAUUUAUUGCGCAAGCAGAGGAAAAGAUCUCACAGUGUGUUACUUUACCACUGGACCCAGAACCUCAAAUUGAACAUAUAUGCGGAAUGGGAGUAGACCCGGCAUUUGAUCAACUGAUCUCUGCUUUGGGUCAUAUCGCAAGCCAAAAACCUAAGCCUCUUAUUGAUUCAAUGAUGCUAUGGCGAAAGAACAAGAGUGAUGCUGCCAACGAGGCUAGGAUUCAGCUUCAACAGUCUCGCGGCAAUUUACUCCCAGGUCAACUCCCGCGGAGGAACACUGAGCCGCCUCAUAUGCACCAAGACGAUCUCAUGGCUGGUCUGCCAACUAUCGCUGCGCGGCAAGAGUUUGUCGCCCAAGCAGAACGACGAUCGACUGCUUCAAUAUUUAUACUGUGCCGAGUCUUGAUGGAAGUCAUUGGUCAAAGUACCUUGGCUCGUAUAACUCCUGAGAUGGAAGAAAAGCUAGAAGGAAUUAUCUUCGGACAACUGAAGAUCGCCGAUGCAGAUCAACUGAGUACCUCGCCUCUCAAGAUGGCCAACUGGUUCUUGUUCAGUCAAUUGCUUGGCGUUAUGGCUGAGAUCAAUUUUGAUAGUGUCACUGAUCGCUUCAUAGCAGACCUCGAGAAGUCGCAGAAGGAUCUAGUGAUCAAAAGUCCAGUAAACAGGGAUAUCGAAGGGCGAAUGGUCUUAGUUCUCGGUGGUAUGAAGCACAUUCGUCUCAAGACAUAUCCUGAGGAAGCGUGGGAUCAAUCUUGCGAUUUCAUGAUUAAUCUGGGUAAAUUCUUUCUGAAAUCUCAUGGGCAACAACUAAAAUAUGCCUAUUGUAUGGCGCUUGAAAUACUUCUUUUGCCAAUUGCUGCCACAGCAAACACGGAGCUCAAUAUGCCGAAGUGGACGGAAGUGUUAGCAACCAUAGGUCCCAGACUGGCUUCAAUGUUUAUCAAACCUCGUCACUGGGCUGUUGCGUUUCCACUGACAGCGACGUUGCUCUGUGUUUCGCCCACAGAUACCUUCUCAACACAAUGGCUUCAGCUAGUAUUACCCCUGCAGGCAAAAAUGAAGGAACCAAGAACUAGACCAAUUUGUCUACAGGUGAUCUCUAGGCUUGUCUGGACCUAUUUGCAUCGCACAAAUGAACCUACAAAUGCCACAAUCAAAAAGCUAGAAGAUGUCAUGAGACUUGUAUUACCUCCUGGAAAGAAGUCCUACAUCUCAACGGAUUCAUCAAUCAUCGAACCGCUAAUCCAGAUUAUACGCAUCAUUGGCUUUAAGUAUCAAGAUUUCUGCUUCCGAACGAUAGUCUUCCCCUUAAUCAAUGCAGAUUUGUUCGCUUCUGGGCGGGAACUCAAAGUCGAACAGCUAGAACCAGAAAAAAUGGUUGUAGGGAUUCGAGCUUUUCUUGCCAUCAUGUCAGAUCUAGAGAAGGGCGAACAAGGCUGUCCACCAUUUCCACAGCACUACUCACCGUUGCCGGUGUUCGAAAGGAUGCCGACUUCACCCAUUAUGACAGCACCUCGCAGCCCCAUUACCCCAUCUCUAGUAGUUCCCAACCGCGAAGAAAGACUCUCUCGACCUGUGAUUACUAACACACUUGGUGACGUUGCCAAAGAAUAUUACGCAAAGUUUUGUGAAAUUUUAGGAAAAAUUACUAUCAUUUGCGACAAUACUUUUGGGGGUCAAGCCGUAUUGGAUGAAAAGUUCAAUGGACCCAUACCCAAAACUCCACUGGCUGAGAGCUUCAACUUUCGCCGAGACGACCACCUAACUCCUUCAGAGCAAAAACAAGGAUUCUACGAGCUAUUGCAUGUUGCAGUGCAAGCACUCCCUAGGUGUUUAUCGGCCGAUAUACCAUUUAACAUUCUUGUGAAUCUUCUUUGCACCGGCACCGCUCACGUGCAGUAUAAUAUUGCAGAGUCAUCGGCACAGUCUUUGAAAUCAAUCGCUAGACAGUCUCACGCUCAGCCAGUGACUAUUGGGUUUGCUCGUUUUAUCUUCACUUUUGAUGACAGAUAUUCUACCAUGUCUGAUGGUGGGAUGCUUGGCCCUGGUCACAUAGAGAAUACUUUGAAGCUCUACGUGGAGCUACUUCAGAUCUGGAUUGAAGAGAUCAAAAACAAAAUGAAAGACGCUGCAUCAGAUAUCUCAGAAGAUGGUUCAGCCGAUAAGAGGGGCGUUCAACUAGAUCUAUCUGGGAUCUGGGCACAUGUUGACGAGGUUGAGUCGCAUGGCUUGUUCUUCUUAUGUUCACAGUCAAGGCGAGUACGUGCCUUUGCAGUCACAGUCUUGCGCCUGAUCACGGAAUUUGACACUGCUUUGGGUAAGGAUAAUGGCCGACUGAUACAUAUUCUUGAAGGGGAUGCCAAAGGAGUAAUGGAUUUCAAUGACGAGACCUUGUCUGUUGCAGAGCGAAGUAGAUUACAACGUGGCUUACAGAAGACAGACCUGACAGAAAGAAAUGAGAGUGAUUUGAUUGAGCUUUGCAGCAGCGAUGUGUCUUACGACACAACUCUAUGGUUUAAAAUCUUUCCAAAUUUGAUACGAAUCAGUUACGAUCGUUGUCCGUUCGCUGUGACGCUGGGACGCGAACUGAUUUGCAAUCGAAUCCUUCAGAUGUACCGAGGUAUCGUUGUAUUAUCAGAAGCAAAUCGUGGCCCGCAAUAUGGCUACGACACUGGAAGCGGCCGUUUAUUGUCAAGAUCAUCAACCACUCCACCAGAAGUACUGAUUGAACAGUGGAAACUUUAUCUCAUCGUGGCAUGCACCACGCUCUCUGACAAGGGUGGCCAGCAGCAAUCAUCGCCGCCAAUAACGCAACACUAUCGAAAGGGGUCGAAGCCAAAUCAAACAUUAGAGAAAAUCACUUCCGCAAGGAUUCUCUUCAAGUACCUUAUUCCAUUACUCUCCGUGGGUCCGGCUUCAAUUCGAGAUGCAGUGGUCGUGGCACUUGGAGCGAUCAACAUUAAUAUCUACAAAACACUACUAGAAGAACUACAAGGAGUAGUAAGUCGAUGUAACGAUGAUGCACGCGCUCGUAUUCAUCAACGAAGUUCUAGUAGCCCUCGACGAAACAGAAGAACUGAUUUGCUAAGAACUGAAGUCACUCAUGUAUACAAAUUAACAGCUUCGUUCCUGAAGGAGAAGGAGAUCUACGAAGACGAUUGGAUCCUAAACAACCUUGUCAUCUACACAAAGGACCUCAAAAUUUUCCUAAUGGACGGAGAGGUUCAGCUGGAUUGGGAGUUCCAAAAGCUUCGUCGUCACUACUGUGGAUUGAUGGAAGAGCUCUUUGAGGGUAUCAAUCUUACCAAAGACCCUUCUCGGUGGAUGACAUUCGAGUCCAGGAAGUCUUCCUUUGCUCUUAUGGAGGACUGGUGCGGCUAUUCCCCGAAUCAGAAUCAGAUACGACAGCGAGAAGACAAUAUGAGACAAUCCAUGAUUAACCAACAAUCACUUGGUGAACGGGGAGUUGUAACGGCUGCCAUGGAAAUCGAGAAAAGGAACCUUCGAACUGCAGCUCUUAGCGCAAUGGCUGCAUUAUGUGGAGGUCGUGUCAGCAUAACAACAGAAAGUGGAGCCAAUCUACAAUUCGACAUUCGACGUAUGCUCUCCUGGGUAGAUACUAUAUUCAACACUGGCAGUGAUCGGAUGCAUGUUAUCGGGCGACGAGCUUUGAAAAACUUGAUAGUACACAACAAGGAAUUUCCCUACCUUCUAGAGCAUUCUAUCACGAGGUGCUAUCUUGCGGAAGCAGCCAAAGUACUCCAGAGCUAUUUUGGAGUCGUGACCGAGGUACUCAUUGAGUAUCCAGAUUAUCCAAUGCCCUUCUGGAGAUUGCUGGGUAUUGGACUGUACACACUUGGAAGCGAAUUGGGCGAUAUCCGCAUCAAGUCUGCCCGUAUACUUCGUGCUUUAGAGGAAAGACAGCAACGAAGUUCUAAAAUACAAGACUUUGACAUCAGCAUUUCAGAUAAAACAAAAGCAGUUUACAAGCUCGCCCAAUUCGAAAUAUCGAAACGAUUGUCAACCAACCAUUCCGAAUUGGCAUUUUUGAUUUUUUCUGAGUUCACUAUGUAUUUCAAAGAGCUGCAGGCUGGGCCACAAAGAAAUAUGGUUGCCGCUAUUCUGCCGUGGAUUCAAAUCAUAGAACUACAACUGGAUCCGAAUGGCGGCCCAACUGCGCAAUCGUAUGUUCUGUUGGCAAAUCUGUUUGAGAUAACGAUUAGAUGCAGUAGCACUCUUCACAAUGAAGUACAGGCUUUGUGGCAAGCGCUUGCCACAGGCCCUCACGCUGGGAACGUUCAAUUAGUACUAGAUUUUAUCAUGUCAUUGUGCCUCGACAGGCGAGAACAAAACUUUGUGGAGUAUGCAAAGCAAAUUGUGGUGUUCUUGUCUAGUACUCCUGCUGGCGGUAAAGUUGUGGAAUUUUUGUUGAUGCAGAUCACGCCGAAAGCGAUGGUUCCCAAUGAGAAACGCGAGUUUUUGCCACCUCCACCUGAUGUUGGAAAGCUGCCGUAUAUGGCAGAACUCUCGGAGGCGUUGCCGAUUGGAAAUAAACAAACAGGACUCUCGUUGGGUCAACUAUCUCUCAUACUACUCGUCGAUUUGAUGGUAUCACCUGUUCAGCUUGUGGCAGACAAUGUUCCUCUUCUUUUGCAAGUAGUGACUGUCCUCUGGGAUCAUUACAUACCGCUGGUACAAGAACAAGCUCGAGAAAUGUUGAUUCAUCUGAUACAUGAGCUGGUAAUUUCUCAGAUUGAUGACGAGAGUACUAACCCAAGUAAGAAUUCAAUCGAGGAUUUUAUUGAGUCAAUUCGCCGUCAUGAUCCCAAAGUUAUCUGGCAUUACGACGAUAACAGCGGCAAGGUAUACGACCAAGAGAACAAAGUUCCUCCAGGUAUGGAGCUCCUCACCGGUGAGGUAGUGAGGGAUUUUGAAGUGAAAUAUCCUGGAAUUCAAGAGCAGUGGGCCAAGUUAUCGUUGACUUGGGCAACAUCUUGUCCCGUCCGACAUCUUGCAUGUCGAUCAUUCCAGGUUUUCCGAUGCACCCUCACUUCACUCGACCAGUCUAUGCUUGCUGAUAUGUUGAUAAGACUUUCAAAUACCAUUGCCGACUUGGAAAAUUCUACUCAGUUAUUUUCUAUUGAGAUACUCACAACAUUACGAACGCUCAUUCGUAAACUCGAGCCUGCUGACUUACUCACUUUCCCUCAACUCUUUUGGACAACAUGUGCUUGUCUGGAUACGAUAAAUGAACAAGAAUUUUUAGAAGCUGGGCAUAUGCUCGAAGAACUCCUUGCAAAACUUGACUUGGAUGACCCCUCUGUUAGAGAUUUACUUGCUGAAGGAAGACCUACGAACUGGGAAGGUUCCUUCGGAGGGGUUCAAGCUUUGGUUUACAAGGGUAUUCGCUCAUCAGCCUGUCUUGAUAUGACACUCGCAACUCUCAAUAAGCUCAUUACAUUGCCGAGCGACGAGCUUAUCGGAGACGAUAGUCGAUUGUUAUUUGCGGUGUUGGCUAACUUCCCUGGCUUUCUAAAUGCUAUGGACCAACCAAAUAUUGAUCAGAAGAGCAUACAAACUGCCGAGAUCCUCGCAGGUGUUGCAGAAGCGCAAGGCUGUAGCACUAUCUCACGGGCUCUUAUUGGGUUCGCUGGAUCGCGUUACCGUUCUAGCAAAGAUUUCCUGGCGCAACUAGUUUCUGCUCUUCGUGAGUCGUUCUUCCCGAAAUGGGAAUUCCGCAGUUUGACAUUCGUCAUGGGGUCUCUAACAAAUAGUAUACCAUGGUAUAAGUUGAAGACGAUGCGCAUUUUAUGUGCUAUCAUUCCUGACAUCGACAUGAAAAAGCCGGAGAUCGCUUCUCAUGGGCCUGAUCUUAUCUCGCCUCUGCUAAGACUGCUUCAAACAGAGUUUUGUAUGGAAGCUCUAGAAGUACUAGACAAGAUCAUGACCAUGACUGGAACUCCGAUGGACAAGCACCACCUACGUAUGAGCAUGACGAGAUCUUCUUCAAGGGCAAUGAGGAAAGAAUAUGAUAACACUCAGAGCCUCUUUGGCAUCCCGGAGGAUUCUGGCUGGUCAAUUCCGAUGCCUGCGAAACAAGCUAGUAUCACAAGAUCUAAUGUUCAUGCUGUUUUUUACAUGUGCCAGAGUACCAAGAAUACGGAUCAUGAAGUUGCUGCGACCCCAGAUGUAGAAUUUCAUGUGGAUGACUUCCAAUACGGUUAUUUCCCGCAACCUGAGAGAACUGAGACUAUGAUGUCGGAUGAGGCUCGAGGCGAUGGCAAUAUUGGUGACCUUAUGAUGAAGCUUGACAGCUUGGACGACUUCUUCGAAGAUAGCCUGCAGAGUCCCACGAGCGAUGGCAGGUCAUCGAGAACCAUAACAGAAGUUGGUUUUUCGGGCGAAAAUUUUGAUUCCGCUGCGGCUCAGUUGUAUGACGAACAAACUCUACCUAUUCUUCAUCAGUCCCUCACUCAUUCAGCGACCAAUUCUACGUUUCAGAAUGGCUUUGCUGAUUUACGUCCAUCACGAGAAUCAAACAACGCCAUGACUCCGGCUGCUUUCAAUCUCGUCCCCACCUCUAGACCGAGUCUACACGCGCGUGCUUUGACAUCACCUUCAACAUCAUCGGGUCAUCCCAAUAUAACUUACAUGUCAGACGACGACUUCAGUGAAGAUGUUUUCUCGGAUGGUGAAGAGGACCGUGCAACAACUUCAGGAGAAGGGUCAUUUUUCCUUGAGAAUAUGAUCAAGCCCCUUGCAGCCGGUACCAGAUUAGGCAUGCGACGACUCACUGGGGGUAGAUCACGAGAUAAUGAACGUUUUCGAGAUAGCCUACGAGCAGAAAGGAGAGGGAUUUCACAACCUCCUCGGUCGCCACGAGUACCCAAAGUCCCUACCGCGUAUCUUCAGCCGCAGAAACCCUUGAGUCCAGAUGAGGGUAUUUAA